GACAGCAAAUUGUCAGCCAGGCACAUAACUACAGUACAUAACCUUGCUAUCGGUCACAUUUUUCAGUGUUUUCAUUUAAGUCGCAUCUUCACUCUGCCAGAGAUAAUGCAAUUAAUCAUCCUCUCGCCGGUUAAUUCAUUGUAUAAGACUUAAGGUAGCUAUACCUGGAAAUUUUCUUUUCAACUCCAACGAUCAUGUCUAUGGUGGCCCCCAAACUGCUUACCUCAGCGAGGCUCAGCACACGGUUGAUAACAAAAUUACCUCAACGUGCCUACGUUUGCUAUGCACUAACAACGCCCUCGGCUCAACGUGCUCCAUUAGUGGCUAGUUGUGCAAGAUUUAGCAGAAACCCCCUAGAAUGCACGGUUUUGAGACACAGCGCUUCAAAAGCCCACCCCAGUACUGACAAUAAUAAUGAGGAGCAAGGAAAGAAAUUGUCUUUGUUUCAACGGUUUAAGCAAAUGUACAGGGAUUAUUGGUAUGUGUUGCUUCCGGUUCAUGUAGUCACCUCAACAGCAUGGUUCGGAGGAUUCUACUACUUAGCUAUCAGUGGUGUUGAUAUUCCCGCGUUGCUGGAGUCGAUGAAUAUGAACGAAAAAAUCAUAAACACUAUGAGGAAUUCGAGCAUGGGUUAUUUGGCAAUAACCUAUGGGCUAUAUAAAAUAACAACCCCAGUACGAUACGCCGUGACACUAGGUGGAACCACCUUGAGCAUCAAUUAUCUGAGACGAUGGGGAUACAUUAAGCCUAUACCUAGUAAAGAACGACUCAAAGAGAUUUAUGCGGAAACAAAAGAAGGGAUGAAAGAGAAAAAGGAGAAUUUGAUGGAAACCGUUCAUCACUUGCAACAGACCGUAAAAGAGACCAAAGACGGAAUCAAGGAAACCAAGGACCACAUUGUUUCCUCCGUGAAGGAAUCAAAGGAUAGUAUUAAGAGCAUGAAGCAAAAGGUAAUUAGUAGUACGCAUAAGAACCAAAACAAACCUUAGUGAGAAACCUAAUGACAAGUUGUAUGUUAAGAAGUCUAGAUUUACUCUUAAAUUAAGGGAAAAUGCUAAGAAAAAUUCUACUGAAAUUUGUUUUUUAUGUAAACAUGGCGUUUAAAUAGUAUUGGUAAGUUAUAACAACUGUGAGUAGACAGAAUCUUGUUAAAUUUUACAUGUAACUUUUAUAUUUAUUAAAUAUCGUAGAUCCUU